AGCAGGUGGAGUCUUGGCGACGUCCGGAGACGUCAGCAGGGAACAAAUUGAAGCUCGUGUGAUUGAGCGUAGGAGGAGAAUGGAAGAAGAGAGGAAGGCCAGAAUUUUCAAUGCAAAGCAGAGAACGAUCGGGAUCGACAAGGAUGGGUUGGAACAACAAAUUCAAGAAAAGCAAAGGUCACAAGAAGAAGCCAAGAAGAUGGAUCAAGCCUUUGCUGACCGUCUUCUUGUCACUGAGCAAAGGGUUCAGCUAAUGGAGAGGGAGGUCCAGAGGGCGCGAAAGGAAAACUUGAUGUCUAUCCAAGACUACCGAGACCAGAUGCAGCAAAAGUACAUGAGAAAGGAAUGGGAUCUGAACGACCCUCUCAGUCUUCGUAAAGAUAGGCCAGCAAGAAUGGCUGAUGACGACCCCAUUGUUGGUCCCGCUUCCUUGCAAAAAUUUGCAGGAGAAGAUUUGGACUAUGGCAAUCGCUUUCGCAAGCAGCAGCAACAGCAAGCCAUGUGGGUCGUGGAGCAAAUGUCAGAAAAACAAGACCAGAUUGAGCAAGAGAGAGAGAUGGAGAGGCUGUUAGCGGAGAGGCAGGCAGAGAUUGACGAGCGCCGAUCAGAGUUAGAGAUCGAGGAGAUGAAGUCGCGUGCUGCGAUGAACUAUGCAGUGCGAGAUUACAACUUGGCGCUCUCGGAGGCCAAGAAAGAGCAGGAGACCAUCAGGAAGAUGGAGGAGAUGGAAGACGCUAUAGAAGAGAUCAAGAACCAGAUCUCGUCGGAUACGCUUACCGAGAACCGUGCUACCACGAUCAGCUGCAUCGCUCCACAUCGCUACAUCAAGUAUCACUUUAAAGGCCUCGACCCUGAGCAGGUCAGGUCCAUCCGCGAGGAGCAGAUCCGCCAGGCGAAUGAAAAGGCCAACCAGAAGAAGAUGGAGCAGGAGGAGGAUCAAAACUGGGAUCUGGUGCAAGAGGCGGUGCGCAGGAAUCUGAUUGCAGGAGAGAGAGAGGUCUUCAGGAGGAAACAGGAGAUAGCACGCCAGGUGGCGGACGAGCAAAGGAGGCAAGCGGAAGAAGCAAGGAAACGAAAGGAAGUCUUGUACAAGCAGGUAUACGCAGGAGCUGUGGAUGAGUCGUUCUUCUCGCAGUUUGGAACUUCUUCGCGCUAGAGUAUCUAGCUAGCUUGUCAUGUUACAACUCAAUAUCAAAUAUUGCUCUGCU